AUGGCUCUUUCCAACCUUCCUAAUCACACUCGUGAUGGCCUUAUAAAUGAAGCUUACAAGAAAUGGUUAUUUGAGGAGUCCAGGAAUGCUGACAACUUUGAGGUUAUGUUAAAAUGUAUGUUUUAUAUACAACAACUGCAGGACAAAAGUGUUAUUGAUGAAUUCUGUCAGGAGAUGUCGAAAACAAAAAUACUUUCACACCCUAACGAUCUGCCCGUUGGAUUUGAAUAUUAUUGUGGAAAUUAUCAAGCAGUUCCAGUUGGGAGACAUCUCUCGCUGUUUUUCUCGUUUCUUUAUUCUAAUAAAGUAAUUCCCGCGAUCAUAAGCUCAAUGACGUUUAUUAAUCAUACCAUAAAAAAUAUUGAAUUCAAUCUGGUUUCGAUCGAAGCUCUUGGAGAUCUUACAUCUCUCUUGGAAUUUACCACGUCUUUGAUUUUCACAGUUGGUCAAAAGUAUUGCGAUUUAUGUCUUCCUCGAGCUUAUCUGAUUAAUUAUUUUGAAGCAUUUACCUCGAAAUCGCUCAUUCCGGGUCGAAAUACUUACAGCAGAAAGAAUUAUCUGUCUGCAAUUAAUAAUUCCAUCGAUCAAGUUCAACAGCUUCUCGACCUGUUGUUUUGCAAUGAGCAGGUUUACUUGACAAUUAUCCUUCGACUGAUACGGCUUUUGAUUCUUAUCGGACUAAAUGAAUCAAGUUUUGCGCAAGAGAUCCUUAAACGUUUCAAAAACAUUCAUAGUAAAAACAAAAUCUUUUCUACAAAAAUCAAGAAAUACCUAGAAGAAAACGAGUUUGUACGUCUCGUGGAAAUUCUUUAUAACGAUCUCAAGGAGAUACGUUGUGACUCCUUGGUUAUCGUUCAUCAUCAAAGUAAAAGCAAAUCGAAAUUUGCUUACUUUGAAAAAAAUGGAGUCAAAAGUCUUACAUACAAUUCUAUUGAGGAAUUCCGUUCUUCCCUUCGAAAGAUUAUAUCUUCCGCUACCGGCAUUCCGGAUGAUCAACUUGCCUUCCUUGAUUCUCUUGUUAAAAGUUAA